CUGAGGAACGAGGUGGAGGUGAUGCAAACCAUCGGAGCUUCGUUGAGCGUGGUGUACCUUUACGACGCGUUUGAAGACGACGAGUGCGUACAUCUUCUCAUGGAGUUGUGCUCGGGCGGAGAGUUGCUCGAUCGCAUCUCUAUGAACGAUUCUAAUGAUUAUCGCGAGCAAAAGGCGGCGCAAUUGGUGAAGAGCGUGCUGCGGACGGCGGUGCAAUGCCACAGUCGGGGGAUUAUCUAUCGCGACAUCAAACCGGAUAACUUUUUGUUCCAAACCGAAGAUGACGACUCGCCUCUCAAAGCCACGGAUUUCGGUUUGGCGGGUAAAUUGCCCCCCAAAGGAGAAGUGCUCGCGCGCCGAUGUGGAACGCCGAGCUACAUGGCACCCGAGGUGAUUGAACGCAACUACGGCAGUCAAGCCGAUGUGUGGUCCGCCGGCGUCGUCGCCUAUCAACUUUUGAGCGGGCGUCUGCCUUUCAUCGAUAAAGUCAACGCUCGACCGAACGCCAAGGAAGUGUUUAGGGCUAUUCUUGAGGACGAAGUUGACCUCGAGUCCGAUCCCUGGUCCCAAGUGAGCGACGAGGCGAAGGAUUUUGUGCGCAAACUACUCGAUCGCGAUCCUGAAGCCCGACCGAUAGCUCGCGCUGCGCUCCUUCACCCCUGGCUCACGCAGACGUCGGCGAGUUGGAAGGCAAAGGCAGCAAAGGGGCAGGAUUCCGCGUUGGACGGUCAAGUCGUCGCUCGACUGCAGCGUUUCGCCACUCAAGGUUUGCUCAAGCGUUCGGUGCUCAGGCUCAUCGCCCGAGAACUCUUGAGCGAGGACGAAGACGACAUCAAGACGUUGUCCCAAGCCCGAGAUGCGGACAUCGAGACCUUGAAAGCAUUGUUCGCGAAGUUGGACACUUCAGGUGAUAACAUGGUCGAGCUCGGCGAGCUCGAGGUGGGGUUGAGGGAGAUUGGAUACGACGUCACAGGGCGAGAGAGCAAGCAGCUCUUAGGUUCGUUGGACACGUCUGGCGACGGUUUGAUUGAUGUCAACGAAUUCAUCGCCGCGCUGUUGGAUUGGGAAAAGAUUGAACAGACGAGUGAGUACCCCAAGUGGGUCGAGCGUGCGUUCAACAUUCUCGACAAGGACAAUAGCGGUCAAAUUGACGCCGAGGAAGUGGCGCAAUUGAUUUUCGAAGAGUCAAGCGAAUCAAACGAUUCAGUUCGCGCCGCCAUCGUCAAGGCGUGUAUCCGUGAGGCUGAUAUCGAUGGUAACGGUAAAAUCGACAUGGACGAAUUCGCGAGCUUGCUUCAAGCCGACCCCACGGACGAUUUGGACCAGUACGAUUCACGCGAAAUCUCCGUGAGCUCCUCCUUCGACAAGGAUUGA